AUGGCCACAGUCGCAGCGCGAACUUCCUGCUUGGCGGAGCAGGGAGCCAUGGGGCGGGGCAGCUCAGAGGGCGUGGUCAUACCUCGUCUUUACCCAGAGGAGGCCAGUGGAGGUGAAGGAAAUGACCGCGUGCGCAACCUACAGAACGAGGUUGAAGGCGUCAAGAAUAUCAUGACCCAGAAUGUGGAGCGGAUCCUGGCCCGAGGAGAAAAUUUGGACCAUCUUCGCAACAAGACAGAGGACCUGGAAGCCACAUCUGAGCACUUCAAGACGACAUCACAGAAAGUGGCUCGAAAGUUCUGGUGGAAGAAUGUGAAGAUGAUUGUCCUCAUCUGUGUGAUUGUCUUCAUCCUCAUCCUCUUCAUUGUGCUCUUGGCCACUGGUGUCAUCCCUACUUAG